UUGCGAGAAGAGUCUAGAAGGCAAUAUUUAGCUAAAAGAAAGGACGAUAAGCUUGAUGAAUUGCGUCAUGUGGUCGCGGACGAUGAGACUCUAUUCGCGCAUGAAGACCUCACCGAAAAGGAACGAAAAGAUAUGGAGUAUCGAGAUGGUGCAAAAUGGGAGCAAGAGCAGCUUUUGGCAAGUAUGCUCACAUAUGGAGCGAAAGAUGCUAAGCUUAAACAAGAAGAAUUUGACUUACUGCUUGAUGACAAAAUUGAUUUCAUCCAAGCUCUGCAAAUGCCCGGAACGCUGGAAAAGCAACAGGCUGAAGAACUCAGCGCAGCUCAGAAGAGGAAAAUGACAAUAGAAGAAACAAGACGAUCGCUGCCUGUUUAUGCUUUUCGAGAACAGUUUAUCGAAGCUGUCAAGGAACAUCAGGCAAGUUGUUCAGCUAAUCUUUUGUUUGUGCUGAUCAUCGAAGGUGAAACAGGUUCUGGAAAGACUACUCAGCUACCCCAAUAUUUAUAUGAGGCUGGGUUCUGUAAAGACGGUAAGAAAAUUGGAUGCACUCAGCCUCGUCGAGUAGCAGCUAUGUCUGUUGCGGCCAGGGUGGCUGAGGAGAUUGGAUGCAAGUUGGGCAUGCAAGUUGGCUACAGUAUCCGUUUCGAAGACUGCACAUCAGAGAAAACUGUGUUGAAGUAUAUGACUGAUGGUAUGCUUCUGAGAGAAUUUUUGAAUGAACCCGAUCUAGCCAGCUAUAGUGUAAUGAUGAUCGAUGAAGCUCACGAGAGAACGUUACAUACCGAUAUACUUUUCGGCCUAGUAAAGGAUAUUGCUAGGUUUAGGAAGGAUUUGAAACUUCUCAUCUCUUCUGCGACUUUGGAUGCUGAGAAGUUUUCCACCUUUUUCGACGAUGCACCGAUAUUCAGAAUUCCAGGAAGGAGGCUAGUAUUGACUGUCUUAACGCAAUCUUCCACUUUCGUCAUGAAUUUUCUGUUUCCUGUGGAUAUAUACUAUACACAAGCCCCGGAAGCAGAUUAUCUCGAUGCAGUCCUAGUCACCAUUAUGCAGAUUCAUCUCACGCAACCUCUUCCCGGCGAUAUUCUAGUGUUUCUCACA